AUGGCAGAAAUCACCGCUUCAGUCACUACCAGUCAACGGGCGACGGCCAAAGCUAUCCCCGUCAGUCCCAUCACUUCAGCUCCAAUUCUGACCCACCGGCGCGAUCUGCUCAAAAGAGCUGAUACGGACACGGUCGACGACAACACUUGUGGAUGGGUCAACGGUGAUCUCAAUACACCUCUUGUCUGCGACUAUCAAGCUUGCCUGUGGUCUCCCGAACUUCAUGCCGUCGGUUGUUGUGCGGACGCUUACACGACGGAUUGUGCCUGGGUGACCUCUUGUGUGCCGUAUUCGAUGGUCAACAAUGGCUGUGAUAUGGCCUGUCAAGGGAACUAUCUCAAUACUGUCUGUGGUGAAGACUACCCUCUUUGCGCAACGGCGACUUUCGGCGGUCCAGCAGGCUAUACCUACCUCAGCUGUACCGACACCAUCGGCACCACGGACACGAUGAUGCUCACAUACUACGGCGGAAACGCAACGAUUGACAAUCUACCCCGGUACUUCUCCAGCUAUUGGUAUGGGAGCACUGCCACCUCUACUUCGUCUUCGACCUCGAGCUCCUCUCCCGGCGACGAUGCAGACACUGACGACACGAUAUCAUGGGUCUCUGCACACCGGACGAUCCUCAUCGGAGCCAUUGCCGGUUUCUGCGGGCUGGUCUUCCUUUUCCUGGUCGGUUGCUGUAUCCUGCGCGCCAAAAGAUCCAACCGCGGACGAUAUGCUCCCGCCAGUCAGCAGUUGCCGCCACAGGAGGGAUACGGGAUGCACUAUCAACGCGCAGCGGCUUACCAGAGACCGCCUUCGUAUCCAUCUCCAUCUGGGUACGGAUACCAACAGGAAUACAAUCAGGUGUACGUGGUUCCGAAUAAAUGA